GACUUUGCCUUUCUCUUUUCCAGGUCAUGAGCCUCAAUUGCUCCUUGUGGCAGGAUAACAGCAUGUCUGUCAAACGCUUUGCAUUUGCCAAAUUCUCUGAAGUCACUGAACAGUGUUUCCUCCUGUUUACCCUCAUCCUACUCAUGUUCUUAGCAUCACUGACAGGAAAUGCUCUCAUAGCCCUCACCAUCAGGACAAACCCAGUCCUCUGCACUCCCAUGUACUUCUUUCUGGCCAACUUGUCCCUCUUGGAAAUUGGCUACACUUGCUCUGUCAUACCCAAGAUGCUACAGAGUCUCGUGAGUGAGGCUCGAGGGAUCUCUCGGGAGGGUUGUGCCACACAGAUGUUUUUCUUUAUAUUAUUUGGUAUUAGUGAAUGCUGCCUGUUGGCCGCCAUGGCUUUUGACCGCUAUAUAGCCAUAUGCUCUCCACUCCACUAUGCAACACGAAUGAGUCAUGAGGUGUGUACCCAUUUGACAAUAGUUUCUUGGGGGGUGGGAUGCAUGGUCAGUCUGGGCCAAACCAACUGUAUUUUCUCCUUAGACUUCUGUGGUCCCUGUGAGAUAGACCACUUCUUCUGUGACCUCCCACCCAUCCUGGCACUUGCUUGUGGGGAUACGUCCCAUAAUGAAGCUGCAGUCUUUGUGGUGGUCAUUCUUUGUAUUUCCAGCCCAUUUUUACUGAUCAUUGCUUCCUAUGGAAGAAUUCUAGCUGCUGUGCUGGUCAUGCCAUCGCCUGAAGGCCGCCAUAAAGCUCUUUCCACCUGUUCUUCCCAUCUGCUGGUAGUAACACUAUUCUAUGGCUCAGCAUCAGUCACCUACCUGAGGCCCAAAGCUAACCAUUCACCAGGAGUGGACAAACUCCUAGCUCUUCUCUAUACAGUGGUGACAUCCAUGCUCAACCCCAUCAUCUGUAGUUUACGGAACAAGCACAUCAAGGCAGCCCUCAGAAGAACUCUGGGCAAGAAAAAGUUUUGACUCAUGGGUAGGUAUGCGAGGAUCAUGCAAAUCUGCUCUUUGGAAAGGAUGCACACACAGCCCAAGAGUAAACAAAUAAACUAACAAAAUUACUGUGCACUCUUCUACCUGUCUUAUAAGGAGCUUAUUUAAUAACAGUAAUUGCAAUUUUGAAGGCAUCUGUGUACUCACAACUAAAGUCCUGAUUGUUAACUUCUGAAAGGAGAUCAGAUACUGGAAAAACUUGAAAGAUGAGUCCAACACUGAUCAGGUUUCCCAAAAUAUUUUUAUCUAGGCACAGAGUAUAAAUUCCCUGGUUAUGU